AUGGGUAAACCAGAAACAGAAAAAAAGGAAAAAGUUUCAAAGAAAAAAUCUAAUUAUUUCGAAAAAAAGUUUGCUCAUAAAAAAAGGAAAAAAGUUACAGCUGCUGUUAAUGAAUUUAAAAAUGCACAGGAAACAUAUAAACGUUUGAAAAAACAAGAAGAAGAUGAAAGAGAAAGAAAAAAAAGAGAGAUGGAAAAACGUCGAGAAAAGAUGGAAGAAUAUAAUCAUAUUAAAAAAGACAUGAAUAAUGCAUUAAGGAAAAGGAAUAGAAAAGGGCAACCAAAUUUAGGAGCUCAAGUAGAAGUUCUUUUGAAAAAAAUUGAAAGAAAAAAUCAGCAAUAA